GCGAGAAAGUGCGUCAUUGGGUUCAAGUGAGGCGCAAAAGGUCCGGACUUUACGCACAAUCGAAGAGGAGACUUCGGCAGAGAGGAUGAAACUGGAGGUGCUUUGUGGAAGCCACUUUGACAUGAAGCACUUGGAGAUGUCCAGUGAUGCAGAGGGGAGCGUGCGCUCUCCUCUUUCCGCUGAGGAGGAGCUGGGGUCGGAUGGGGACUGCGUGGCGCACAGCCCUUCACCUGUCACUCCGUGCGCCAGCGCCAAACCCAAGCCGUACACACGGAGACCCAAACCCCCUUUCUCCUACAUCGCUCUCAUCGCCAUGGCCAUCCGGGACUCCCCCUCUGGACGCCUGACUCUGGCGGAGAUAAACGACUAUCUGAUGCAGAAGUUCGCGUUCUUCAGAGGCAGCUACACCGGCUGGAGGAACUCGGUCCGGCACAACUUGUCUCUGAAUGACUGUUUUCUCAAAGUGCUCCGGGAUCCGUCCAGACCUUGGGGAAAGGACAACUACUGGAUGCUCAAUCCUCAGAGCGAGUACACCUUCGCUGAUGGAGUGUUCCGGCGCAGGAGAAAGCGGAUUGACAGAAAGUUCCGCAGGGAGCCGGAGCGCGCAGAGGAGCCGCAGGCUGCGCCCUCCACCAGGACUGAUCCAUGUGUCAAGUUUACCAGCUCAUUCGCUAUAGACAGCAUCCUCAGCACGCCGUUCAAGAGGGGCUCACACGAGGAGCACCCGGCAGCCCUCCCCGCCUGCACCUGGCUGCGCUACACUGAACUCAUGAUGCCCCAUUCAAACGCACCUGCGUCAUUCCCAUACAUAACGCCACCGUGCGUUAUGGACUCCCGUGCUGCUGCAUACGACGCUGGGCUGCUCUCGCACACAGUCAGGCGGUAUCACACAUUAGUUGCCCGGGGAAGAUAUAGAGAGCCCAAACACAGAGCGAGCGCAGCCAUGACGACCGAGAGCGCCAAGCAACAUUUGGAUCCAUCUAAUCCUCUGCGCUCCAGCCCCGCGGCCGGCGCUGUGAACGCAGCUCUGCUGAGCGCACAGCCGGUGAUGGAGAGCGCGCAGAACGCAUCAGCCAAAUGGAAGAAGGGGAACUCCGGCUUGAGGCGCCCCGAGAAGCCUCCCUACUCUUACAUCGCCCUCAUUGUGAUGGCAAUUCAAAGCUCACCGAGCAAGAGGCUCACCCUCAGUGAGAUCUAUCAGUUCCUCCAGGCCCGCUUCCCUUUCUUCAGAGGUUCCUACCAGGGAUGGAAGAACUCCGUCAGACACAACCUGUCUCUGAACGAGUGCUUUAUAAAGCUGCCCAAAGGUCUCGGCAGACCCGGCAAGGGCCACUACUGGACCAUCGACCCGAGCAGUGAGUUCAUGUUCGAGGAGGGCUCUUUUCGUCGCAGACCCCGCGGGUUCCGUAGGAAAUGCCAAGCUUUGAAACCGAUGUACAGGAUGAUGAACGGUAUUGGGUUUGGCGCGUCCAUGCUGCCGCAAAACUUUGACUUCCAGUCACCUCCGGGCUCACUGGCGUGUCACAACAGCUACAACAUAGACUUGAUGGGUAACACAGUGCCGGGGGGCUACGACGGACUCGGAGGGGGCCACCACGUCCCACACAUGUCUUCAGGCACCGGGUCGUCCUACAUGUCCGCCUGUCAGGUGGCCUCUAACGCGGACUACUGCCCGGACAGCAGCAGCAGCCCCCUGCAGUCCUCCCCAGCCAUGGUGGGCACUUUGGACUGUCAGUCUGCGUAUGCAAAUGCAGCCUCGCACUGGAGUUCACCUGGCGUGUCUUCGUACAUCAAACAGCAGUCUCUGGCAUCGAGCAGUCCCACUUCCUCUGCUCUGCACACGGGGAUGUCGUCUUACUCUCUGGAUCAGAGCUACAUGCACCAUAACGCGCGAGACUCAUCCGAGAUUUCAGUGGGUCUGUCGCGAUACUCCGGUCACUCAGCUCCGGUGUGCGACCGGAAGGACUUCGUGUUGAACCUGAACGGGAUCUCCUCUCUUCACCCCAGCAGCGGCGGGUCUUACUACCAUCAGCUUCAUCACCAUCACCAGAGCGUGUACCAGGACGUGAAGCCGUGCGUCAUGUGA